AUGCGCGGGCUGCUUGGAGCCUUGCUCCUUGUCUCCCCCGCCCUGGCUCACGGGGGUCAUGAAAACGUCCCCGAAGGUGCCGCUGUCUCCGAAGACCCUAUUGACUCCACAUUAUGGAUUCAUAUGAUUCUCAUGGGACUGUCAUUUGGGAUUAUUUUCCCCUUAGGAAUGGUGCUCGGGAUCACUCGAUCACGAUGGCACGUCCCUGUUCAAGUCGUCGGCACCGCUAUUGCUAUCGUCGCAUACUUCCUCGGUCAUGCGCAUAAAGGCCGCCAGUUCGCGAAAAAUGUCCACGCUUCGUUCGCCAAUGCCCUGAUGUUCUUCUUGGCUGCGCAGGUUAUGCUAGGCAUCUACCUUAAGCUGCAUAUAGAGAGGGGGAUUCAUGGACGGAUUCGCCGGGUUUUCGUCAUUAUGCACGGUGUCCUCGGUAAGGCAAUGCCGGUGCUGAGCUGGGUGCAGAUGCUUUUUGGAGGUAUUACUACACUGGGUUUCUGUCGCGAUGACCAUCUCGGACAGUGCCUGGCCCAUUUCAUCAUGGGCAGCGCCUUCAUCGCUUACGGUAUCCUGCUUACCAUCCUCCUUCUCGUCGGCCAAUACUGGUUGCGCCGCACCGGCCGCAGCCAGGAGUUCUUCGAUUCUUUGGUCAUUGCAGCGUGGGGUUGUGUCAACACUUUCACGGAGCAUCGAUGGGGUGGGCCCUGGGUUCACAAUGACCUUCAGCACACUACAAUGGGUAUUGUCUGGUGGUGCGCUGGCUUGCUAGGUAUCUGGUUGAGCCGCAAGCGCAACGGUCGACCUAAGAGGAACCUUAUCCCGGCUAUUGUCAUUGGACUGACAGGUUAUGCCAUGUCCGGCCACCCGCAACACUCAAUGAUCAGUACUAUGAUCCACAAGAUCUUCGGGUAUACGUUGAUGGCGGCUGGUCUAACUCGGAUUAUUGAGAUAUCCUUCGUGCUGAAGGACAAGGGCACUCUAAGUGUGGAUGGCACCGAUCCCAACAGCUUCCAGUACUUGACGCCUUUUCUACUAUACGCCUCUGGGUUCCUCUUCAUGGGCGCCACCGAAGAACAGAUGCAACUCCUGGAGAACGCGGGGAUCACUCAUGUCGCUUAUGUCCUUAUUCUUUUCAGCAUCGCGUUCAUCCUCUUCUUAUUCGUAAAUGUCCUCCUCCACAUUUACGCCGUCCACGCUUGGCCCGAAUCCGCAGACCCGGACAACCACUCUCGUACAAGCACCGACCAAGAUGAGGAGAACCUCCACCCAGGCCCAUCCAGGAGCGGCCGCUACCGCCAGAUGAACGGGCACGCGCACUCUGCCUCCGAAGCCCAGCGCAUCCAGGACGCAGAGACUUUCGAGCUCCAGGGUCUCAUCUCCGACGAGGAAGAUGAGUCCAAGGCACCACCGUACGAUGAGAACCGUCGCCAAGAAUCAGAGGAUCAGGAAGGUGCACCGCUUUUUCAUAAGGAUCGGGAGUAG